AUGGCAUCAGCGUCUAACGAGGCAGAAGAUGAACUGAAUUCACGACAAAACGAAACAAUUAGCUCAGACGGCGAGAAAAGGCCGGAAGACAGUGGCGUAGCCCCAUCAGCUACUAGAAGUGUUUACCUUGUAACAUACAGCCAGGCGAGUUUAGAAAGUUCCCUCUUCGAAAUGAUUUCGCAAAGGCGAUCAUUGACUCGUUCACUCGAGGUUCAGCCCAAGUACUUCACUGGUGUUGUAGUCUUGAAAGCCAUAAUGACAGUGGGAAACAUUACCACAUGGCGCUGAAGCUCAACAAAAUACAGAGAUGGCUUCCCUCCAAAAGAUACCUUUUAGAACAGUUUGGUGUCAGCGUUCAUUAUUCCAACAUUCACCAUGAUUAUUAUAGUGCAUGGCGCUAUGUUACGAAGAGUGAUGAAGCAUACGAAGAGAGUAAUGGGCACCCAGAUCUAGUAAAUACUGAUGUUCCGAAGACCAGUAAGGCGAGCAUAGGAAAGAGAAACCUUAAAGGCAAAGCGGUCAUCAAAACUCAAACUAAAACGAAGAAGAAACCAAAGCGAGUAGGAAAAGCAAGAAAGAAGCGUCUAACGCCAUUAGAUGUGUCAAAUUUAAUUUUGAGCAAGAACAUCAAGACAGAAACGGAACUUCACACACUUGCACAAGAACAGCGGGAACAGGGAAAGAUAGAUCUUGUUGAGUUUAUUUUAAAUAGGUCACCUAAAACGCUAGCAGACAUACUUAGCACGACAUGGCAGAUGAAAGGGGCGCGAGAAAAGAUUGCACGAUCUAAGAAGAGUCGCAUGGAUCUCCUUCAAGAAGCUUGA